AAAGUUGUUUAUGCAGGUACAGUACUCCGUACCUUCUGGAUUCCUCCUCCCUCCAUUAGCAACUACCACCGCGCCAUAGACAACUGAACUGAAAGCAACCUGUUUCCAUCUGCGCAGGGCAAGAUUCUUCGAUAACCGGCCAAACCGAAACACCGAGAGGGUUGAUUGAUCACGCCAUGGCGUCAGUCACUUCCCUGGACAAGGACUUGCGCAAGUUACGCCUUGACAAAUACACUCCCGCCGUCGCGAACGAAGCCAAAUCAUGGAUCGAAGGAAUAUUAGGGGAACGUCUACCGGGAGGCGAUUUCCUUGAAGGACUGAAGGAUGGGGUUGCCUUAUGCAAGCUGGUCAACCUCGCCGUCCCAUCCCCCGGCUUGAAAUACAAAAAGUCCGCCAUGCCAUUCGUCCAGAUGGAAAACAUCUCACUCUUCCUCCGCGCCUGCCGAUCCCCGCCGCUUAACCUUCAAGAGCACGACGUGUUCCUCACGGUCGACCUGUACGAGCAAAAAGACCCAACCCAAGUCCUCCAAUGUCUCGGCGCCUUCAGCCGCGCAGCCAACAGUAUCAAUCCGUCAGCCUUCCCGUCAGCCAUCGGGGGGCGUUCCGGCCGAGGCGGGGUCCUGAGCCCGCAGUCGACGGGACCAAGGACGCCGACUGCCUCGUCCAGCGACGCCUUUCGCGGGCGCGGAAUAUCAAACGCCAGCAACGCGUCAUCGGCCUACAGUAGAGCUACUCCGACCCUCGUUGCCUCCAAGACGGGCGAUUCCGGCUCCGGCCGCUGGAGCCCCACCAAGAGCCCCGGUCACAAUAGUUCGGGGUCGCCUGUAGGCACCAGCAGCUGGAGCACAAAGGCGCACGAAGGCGCCACGUCGCCGGCGUGGAAUAUUGCCCAGUACGGGUACAUGGGCGGCGCGAGCCAGGGGAACCUGGGCAUCUCGUUCGGCGGGAGGCGACAGAUCACUAGUGCCGGUCCGUACGUCCCGAACAUGGCCGACAAGGAGCGCAAGCGGAAAGAGGCCGCGGCCGAGGCGGAACAGCAGCGGCUGCAGAUGGAGGAGGAGGAACGACGGAGAAGGGCCGAGCUUGAGGCCGAGGAGGAGAGGGCGCGCUUGGAGGAAGAGCGGAGGUGGGAAGAAGAAGCACGACGGCUCAGGGAACAGGAGCGCCGGCAAGCGGAAGAGGAAAAGCGGAGGUGGGAAGAGGAGGAGCGUCAGUGGAAGCUUACGGAGGAGCGCCGGCACAAGGAGGAGCAAGAGGCGGAAGCCCGAUUAGAACAGGAGCGUCAGCGAUCUAGGAGUAAGAGCGACGCCCGUCUACGUGGGCAGUUCCUCAGCCAGUACAAGGCUGAGCAGGGGGCCCCAGCAAAGCGGACCGGAGACGACGGAGACUACAGCAGUCGUGUUAAAGAACUCGAAAAGGAACUCGAACAGGCACGGCAGCGCGAGGCCGAGUAUGAGCGCGAGAGACGGGAGCGUCCGCAGAGGAGAGAUCAAGCACCCGAUGACAAAAAGGCGAGAGCCCGCUCCCGCAGCCGCCCGGGGCGCCCGACUAGCCGACCACCUAGCCGGCCGCCUAGCCGACAAGACUCGUGGAGGCCAAAGGACGAACGAGAAUUUCUCAGCGCGCAAUGGGAUGAGGCUCAGAAUCAACGAGAGGCCGGAACAUCCGCCGCGCCGCCACCAGAAGCUCCGCCGCGAUCACCGAGGCCGUUGCCCAACCCGGCUGUGGUGGCUCCUCCGUCCCCGACCAAGGUUAGGACCCACAGGACAGGGGGCGACGGCCCGCCGAUCAUCCCGGUCAGGAAACACCACACCGGCUCACGCCCACUUCCGGACCCAGCGGCCUACGCAUCCACCCCGCCACCCCAGAAAGCGCCGACGCCGGCAUUACGUACAGACCGCUACCCCGCGCCGCAGGCGGCCGCGCCACCGCAGACGUACUCCCGCGAGCUUGACGGGACGGCGGAGCGCGACGCCGAGGACAACAGGCGAGUGGCGGCCCAGAAGCAGACAAAGGCGGGCGGCUUGGCGGGCAAGUCGCUGCUGGAGCGGGAGAUGGAGAUGGAGCGGCAGCGGCAGCGCGAGUGGGAGGAGGCGCAGAAGCAGACUGCCAAGGCGUCACGCCCGGGCGACGGCGUCGACGGCAUCGGCGGGGGCGUCGGCGGGAAGUGGGACGUCAGCCAGUGGUCCGGGUACGCGAGCGGCGAUAGCCAGAACAGGGGCGGGCAGGGGAUCGGCGCGGGGAGGAGACAGAUCGUCGGGCCGAGACCGCUACCGGGGACCAGAUGAUCGUUGAAUGGCGGGGAGGUGCGGGGAACCGUCCUGUUUUGUUUCUAUGAGAGCACUUGCAUGUGCGACUUAAGAUCCGGGGGGCAAACUGUACUAAUUGCUUGCACUGCCUAUGUCAGAGUGCGGUGAUGACUUCUGGGGUCAGCCAAUGAUUUCUUUACGACUUACUUAGAGAUACAUUAUCAAAUAAAUAUCGUGAGCUUUCCCAAGGUCAUCGAGCGUCUGGCCCAGGGGACUACCGCCCGUGACGGACAGAGACGGUUAGUAGGAUGAUGCUUGCCCCCUGGCCGGCGAGACGUCAAAUGAGGAAUAUCACUGUCGGCCAAUCCGCGAUCUGUGCCUGGGUUGUGGCGGCGUCGGCUGAUCGAUUGGAGGGAAGUAGGUG